AUGGCAGAAUUCAAUUGGCGAACGAUCAACAUCGAUGCGCUCGAUCCCGAAUCAUCAUACAACUUCGACCUUACGACUCUAACGCCAGCCGUCCAACCCGUUUCAACCGCAGACGUGCAGACCCUCGCAGGUCAAAUACGGCAGCUUCUAAGAGGAGGCAAUGCAGAAGGAGCAUUGAGAGGGGCGUUGGAGAACCCACCGUAUGGAGCGGACGAGCAGGGCAAAGUACGUUAGGCAGCAACCAUUUGGAAGCAUUGGGAAAGUAGGGGAUACUAAGAUCGUGUGGCCGGCAGGCAUUACACCUCGCAACUGUCACCGAAAUCCUACAAUCGAUUCGGCAAGCUGAGAUGACACCGCUGCUCCAGCGAAUAUACCAAUCUGAGGGCGGUUCGGAGGUUUGCGAUACGUUGAUGAAGUACCUCUACAAGGGAAUGUCACAGGGACCGGCGCCGCAGAGCAAUUCGACGACGAGGAAUAUCACACCUCAGGCGACGGGCUUCUCGCAAGCUGGCGGACGUAACUUUGGUGGUGGAGAGGGCGGCGGCCAGGCUAUGAGCGUGCUGUUGAGCUGGCAUGAGAAGGUAAAGAUGGAUCAUGUGGUGACGAGCUGUUCAGGUGUACUAACGACAUCAACAGUUGGUGGAAAUGGUCGGACCGGGAAGCAUCGUCCGUGUCAUGUCGGAUCGGAGGACGGUAUAA